CCUCGUUAUCGUUAUCAUCCACGUAUCUGUGCGAUUAUUACCUUAUCGCCGUAUUUUUAAAUCUGUUUAUAGAAUCCUGAUAUCUCCUUGAUAUAUAACUUGGUGCGAUACACGAAUAUUAUUUAUCGGAAGCUCGAUCGAAUUCGCGACGAAAAAAUAUUGAUAAAUCGUCACGCAAAUAAUAGUUGUUCAAGAAGUAAACCGGUUUGCAAUCCCGCAAAAGACGAGCGGAUCUCCAAGAUGAUACGGAUUAUUCGAGGAAUGACGUUAUGCAUCUGUCUGACAGUAUUCGUGGUCGAUCAUGUGGUCGCUUCCGCGCGCCCGCACAUCGUAUUUAUCCUUGCCGACGAUUUGGGAUGGAACGACGUCGGGUUUCACGGAUUGAGUCAAAUUCCGACGCCGAACAUCGACGCACUGGCAUACACGGGCCUGCUGCUGGACCGAUACUAUGUCAGCCCGAUCUGUACGCCGUCCAGGAGCGCUUUGAUGACCGGCAAACAUCCUAUUCAUACCGGGAUGCAGCACGGGGUUCUGAAAUGCGCCGAGCCGAGAGGAUUGCCUCUCCAGGAGAAACUGUUGCCGGAAUACCUUCGAAAUCUCGGUUACAGCACGCACAUGGUAGGUAAAUGGCACUUGGGAUUCUACACGAAGGAGUACACGCCCACGUACAGGGGAUUCGACUCGCACCUAGGUUUCUGGAGCGGCCACCACGAUUAUUUCGAUCACACUGCCGUGGAAGAGCCGUAUUGGGGAUUGGACAUGAGGAGAGGAUUGGAGCCGGCCUGGGACCUCCACGGCCAAUAUUCGACGGACGUGUUCACGAAGGAGGCUGUUCGACUGAUCGACAAUCACAACACCAGUCGCCCGAUGUUCCUCUACUUGUCCCACGCCGCAGUCCACUCCGGAAAUCCUUACAACCCUCUGCCUGCACACGACCACGACGUAGCCAAAUUCCCCAAAAUCCUCGACUACAACCGUAGACGAUUUGCUGGCAUGCUGAGCAAGCUAGACGAGUCGGUCGGCCUAGUGGUGGAAGCUCUGCGGAAGAGAAAGAUGCUGGAGAACAGCGUGAUCGUGUUCUCCACGGAUAAUGGGGGGCCCCCGGCCGGUUUUAACCUAAACGCUGCCUCGAAUUUUCCCCUGAGGGGCACAAAAAACACUCUCUGGGAAGGUGGCGUCAGGGGAACCGGUCUCGUGUGGUCGCCGAAGCUAAUAAACCCUGGAAGAAUCAGCAGGCAAUUGAUUCACAUCAGCGACUGGUUACCGACCCUGUUAACAGCCGUCGGUGGAGAUCCAUCGAAUUUGGCCAUCGACGGUGUGGAUAUGUGGCGAGCGUUGAACGAGGACACGAUAUCACCGAGGAAAAUGGUCCUUCACAAUAUCGACGACAUUUACGGAAUUGCCGGGAUCACGUACGGCGAUUGGAAAUUCAUUCAGGGGUCUACCUAUAACGGCCAAUGGGACGAUUGGUACGGUCCGUCGGGGAGGGAUUGGGCGUACGACCCCUAUGCGGUGAUGGAGAGCGCUGCUGGUCGAGCGGCGGCCAGCGUGGGCUUGUCCUUGACCGCAGGGAAUAUAGAGAAGCUUCAACAGGGCGCCGCUAUCAAGUGUUCAACGAGAAACGAGAAUCUGCCGUUGUGCAAACCGUUGGAGGCCCCUUGCUUGUUCAACGUCCGCGAGGAUCCCUGCGAGAAGAAUAAUCUUAUAGAGAAGUAUCCAUCCAUCGUGUCCGAUCUGAAGGAGAAGCUGAGCCUGUUGAACGCGUCUGCGAUAUUACCUGGUAACCUCCCCUGGGACAAGAGGGGAAAUCCGGAUUACUGGGAUCACACGUGGACCAAUUUCGGCGAUUACUUGAACGUGUUCGCGAAUAACGUCAGUUAAUGGUGGAACAGCCGCUUUGUGCGUAAACCGUUAGAUCGGUGCGAGAGGAAUAAAGUGAAAGAACGGCAUGAACGGAAUUAUAAA